AUGUUGAAGCAGUAUGAUGGUGGCACUCCCAACUCCAAGCAGACAUGGAAGCUUUUCAACGAAGUUUGGGUGCGCCCUUUUGGUUUGCCGGAGACCGUUCUCACAGAUGGAGGAGGGGAAUUCCGUUUCGACUUUGAGAGACAUCUGGAGCAACAAGGAGUUCUGCAGAUGACAACUGACUCUCACAGUCCUUGGCAAAACGGACGUGUAGAACGGCACGGAAGUUGGGUGAAGACAAGAAUAGAACAAGAGAUACAAUCAGGGCAAUCAGUUGUUACGUCAGCAGAAGACCUGGAACUACUGAUCACCUCCCUGGUGUCUCACAAGAACAGGUGGUUCCAUCGAGGUGGUUUCUCGCCAUACCAGCUCACUUUCGGGGUCAAUCCAAGAGUGCCUUUGGAACUCUUGAGUGACGAUCCCCUGCAGGAGCCUGACAUUCGAGCUGACAGCUUUGAACAAGAUUCGGCCGCCCUGGAGUUCAACAAGGCUCACGACAUUCGUCAGAAGGCCAGACAGCUGUGCAUGCAGACCAUGGCAAAAGACAAAGUCAGUCUAAGCUCUCAGGGUCAUUUGCACCGUCAAAGGCAGUGGUUUCCAGGGGUCCAGGACAGUGGGUCUUUGUGCGGCGUCGCUUUGCUGGCACUGGUCAAGGCCACGUCACGCGAUGUAGAUGGACCGGACCUGGACUGGUUUUUGAUGCAGUCUGGACACACAGUGUGGGUCUCCAUGCGCGCGAGGUUGCUCAAAUACAACUCUGACCAACUGCGACCGGCCAGUCAUGAUGAGGCCAUAGGAGCCGAGUUGCAGAAGUCUGGUGAUAUCAAGGAGCUACUGGAUCAGGCAAGCUCACAUCGAGCAGGAACAGUUGAUGUCUCCUCUGAAGGCUCGCCAGGACAUGAAUCUUGCGAACAACCCAUUGUACCAGAAGAAGCUCCCCAGGUCCGAUUGCAGAAGAGGACGAAGGAGAAGGCCAAGAAGCUGGCGCACCUCAACCACUCCUGCGGAACAUUUCAGUUCCACCCACUCCACCCGCGCAAGGAGCAGCCCCAGCUACUCCCUUGCCAGGAGAAGCUAGAUCAAGAGAAGUACGAGAGGGAACUUCGUCGUCUAGAAAGAGAAGAGCGAGAGCAGCAGCGCUCCCGAAAUAGCAGAUGCCUGCCUGCAGUACCAGGUGAGGCCGAUGACUGGUUUGAGGGAGAACAGUGGAUGGAUCAGUUUGGUGAGCAAUUAUCCUUCUUUGAGCUCAGUCGAGAGAAUGGUUCUUUCUUGGCCACCCCCUCGAAGAGUCGCAACACUGAAUUCGACAUGAGGCAUGCUUCGCCAGAAGAUGCAGCUGGCUUCAAGGAGUCCGACAAGAGUGAGGUCAAGGCCAUCAUUGACAUGGGUUCUGUCAAAAUCCUUCCUCCAGAAGAAGCAGCCAAAAUUGCCAAGCAGGUCCCACAUCGGGUCAUUACGUCACGCAUGAUCCGACGCAAGAAGCCAAUGCCAGGGGUUGGCAACUUCAAGUUCAAGAGCAGGUGGUGCGUUCAUGGACAUAAAGACCCUGAUAGCCACAUGCUGAAGACAUAUUCACCAAUGCCUUCGACAGAAGCCAUUUCCAUGUUCUUUCAGAUAUGUGUCAACUUGUCCUUGCUAGUCUCCUUGGCUGAUGUCUCCAACGCCUUCUGUCAAGCAGAGCCUCUUGACAGACCUCACGGCAAGAUCUACGUGAAGCCCUGCGAAGGCCUUGACCUUCCUCCCGGGUGUUUAGUCGAACUUGUGGCUCCCGUAUACGGUCUUGACGAUGCGCCUCUCAGAUGGCAUCAGACUUUGAUAACCUUCUUCGAAAGCAUGGGCUUUGUGCGAUCUCUGCUGGAACCUUGCUGGCUCGCGAAGCGCGAGAGAGGAGCCAUUGUGGCCAUGGUUUUGAUCGAAGUUGACGAUAUCAACAUUGGACGUCAUGUCAAGGUCUUGCCUGACAAGGUGCUUCUAGACCAACGCAAGUACAUAGCCGAGAAGAUCUUUCCUUUGAAGCCGGCUCGCGGCAGACUUGGCAACAAGCAAGAGCUGUUGGACAAGGACGAGUUUGAACAAUAUCGCUCGCUCCUCUACAAGAUCGAUUGGGUUGCGCACCAGACUCGACCAGAGGCAGCCGGUGUGGUUAGCAUUUUGUCCUCCAGAUUGAAGCAGGCCACGGUACACGACCUUGCCUGCCUCAAUAAGCUGGCAGCCCACCUCAGGAACACAGCCCAACAAUGUCUUGUCUUGCACAAGUUUGAGAACAAGGACAUGGUCUUCAUAGCUGCCUCCAAUGCGGGAGGUGUGGAUAGCUUGCCUAUCCGUAAGAGGUCCAACGAACUUCAAGACACAGUUCAAGGUGCCUGGGUCAUCAUGGCUUCGAAUGAGUUGCCUGCUGCAGACAGGAAAUCUAAAGUCUCCAUUCUCUCAUGGCGAUCAACGAAGCUGAAGCGCAGGGUGAGCUCAACAUUAGCUGGCGAAGCCUUGUCCUUCUCGCAGUCCCUGGGAGAAAUGGAGUGGCUACAGGUGAUGUUUAGAGACAUAGUUUAUGGAGAUGUUUGCAGAAAAGAUUGGCGCUCAACACUUUUGCCUUUCAUUGGUUUGCUUCGCGAAGAGUGUGAGUUGCAUGAAAAGCUCAAGGAAUGCGCCAUCACCGACGCCAAAAGUCUCUAUGAUGCAAUCCUCAAGAACAACCCCACAUCACGACAGGACAGAAGAACGUCAAUUGAACUAGCCAUCAUCUCCGAAACCAUGAGCAAGACCAAGGGUUUGCUGCGUUGGUCGCCCCAUCCAAAGAUGAUAGCAGAUGCCUUGACCAAGGAUGAUAUCUCCAAGACGAACGGCGCCUUGGAGGAAGUUCUGAGAACUGUGAGAACUGGUCGCUUGUGUUUGUGGGAUGAAGAAGCUGAGUUGCUGCGUAGGAAAGACCCAAAAUUCAGAGGAAGAUCGAAAAGAGCUUCCGAGCUGAUUCGCCAGGGAGUUCUCCAUGUUUCUAGCACCGCUGGCAUUCUGGCGGCCAUUGUGGCCACAGAAACCUAUUUCAGCAGCUGGCAGGACAAAGAUCGACGAAAGGCAUCCAAGAGAGGGAGAGGUCGAGGUCGAAGUGAGUCCUAUUCCUACAGCUACUACAGCUACUACAGUGAGUCGAGGUCACCUUCCAGACCUCGCCGGUCCCGCCGAGACAAGGGCCAUGGCGGCCAUGGUGGCGGCGCCGGUCGACGAGGGAGAUCUCGGAGUCGACGCGGCCGUGACCAGGGCAAGGGUGGCGGAAAAGGUGGAGCUGGAGGUUACAUCCCGACCACUGGCCCGCGGAGCCCCUCCAGAGAUGGCUCUCCAUCCAACGCCUACAUUUAUAAUACGCUUAUUGACAGCAGUGCUGGGAGCUGUUGGGAGCUGUUGGGAGCCGUAAAGGCCGACAAGAUCAGAGAUCAUUUGCGUGACAAAGGUGUUGAAAUCAUGGAAAGGGAAAGACGUUGGAUGCACAAGGACGGUCGGCAAGGGGUUCGGCCAAACGCGGAUGCCAAGAAGAAACCCGUCGACAACGAGGAGUAA